AGACGGUUUCGGCGAGCGGCAGAAAGGAAGUUGCAUCAACAGUCAUUGGGUCCAAGCGUGCUGUGAAGAUGGAGAAAUUUAAAGCCCUGCUGAAUUUCGUCCUGAGACAGCACGCCACGCUGGGAUACAGCUUUCUGGCCUUAGCAACAGCUGGAGGGGAACAACUGUUCUCGGUUGUCGUGUUCAACUGCCCCUGUAACUCAUGGAAUUUCACCUACAGCCUUGUUUUCCUUCUGGUCCCAGCCCUGGUCUUAUUCGUGCUGGGAUUCUUCAUCAGCAACAGAACCUGGAAGCUCUGCACGGGCUGUUGCGUUAGUCAGAGAAAGCAAUACUCGAGAAGAAUCCUCUUUAGAGGCAUCAAGAUCUUUUUUCUCAUCACCAUGGGAGCCUUAGUGGCCCCGGUUACCUGGGUUUCUGUCGCGCUGCUGAAUGCAAUGAUUUAUGAAUGUGGUAUGUCCGGCUAUUACAGUGAUUACUUCGCAGACCAUAUCUGCCGUAACUACUCCAGGAACUGUCCUCAAGAUCUUUACCGAGUGCCUUGCGGUCAGUCAGUGUUGCCUCCGCCCACCCAAGCAGACAUCCUCCAUACACUCCGGGCACACUCCCAGGUUAUUGGAUGGAGUCUGGUUGCAGCCACCAUGGUUUUUGCCUUGACCUCUACCUGCAUUGUGCGCUGUUAUUCUCCUGUCAGCUUCCUCCAGCUCCAGUUUUGGAAAACCUACAGAGAAAAAGAGAAUGAAGUGCUGGAGAAGAAGUCAGCCGAACAUGCAAAAGAAAUGGCUGAGAGAAACGUGAAGAGCUUCUUCGAAUCCGUAGCGCCGAGGGAGUUCAAAACGCCGAGCAGAGCAGCAUGGCAGGAGAUUUCGAUGCUGUAUUCCUUCAGCGAAACCGAGCAAUACUACAGCACGAUACAUAAGCAUGCAGAAAAUAAGAUUGAGAGUGUCCAUAAAGCAUCAUCCUAUGGCAACGUGGACAUACCUGCUGUGCUGGACUUUGUUGAUGGUAGCAAAAAUUCUGUUGACUCCUAUAUUUGAGCGUAGGUCAGAUUGAGAACAUCCGUGCUAAAUUUAAGUUGUACUGGAGGCCUCAAAUGUCUGCACAAAAGCAGGCAGUAAUAUUUCUUUGAAAUCUUCCUCUCAUUUUACACGUAACGGUACUUAUAUCAUGAAUUCUUUUUGGACCCUUGUGCAGAUACUCCUACUGAGCACGUGCAUGAAGGAAUACUUUUGCCAUCAGAUAUGGGUUUGCUCUAAAUUGAGGCUGCCAGAGUUGAGGAGCAGGACUCUUCAAUCUUGUGGUGCAAGGUUACAACUCAAAAAACACAGAGGGAGAACAUCAUGAAUUUUUUUGGCAAACUCUUUGUGAUAUGAUUUUUGUAAUCUUCUGCUUUUCAUUUUUAUCAUUAGCAAAAAUUGAAUGUACUUACAUAAUUUUUAGCUGCAUAAGAAUAUUGCAUACUAAAGCUCUGCCCGCCUUCAAUCACAUCUUCAAUGUCCUGGUGAGAGCAUUAAAGGGUAAGUUAAGAUGGGCUUUAUUCCCUUAGGCAUUGCGAUUCACAAAGUGAUUGCAAGCCUCAGAUCUAAUUGAUGCAUUACUGAAGAGCAAAUUACUAAGAUAAUGUUCUGAGACUGCAUGCUGAAGCAGAUUGAUAAUAUCAAUACGUUUCCUGAUUCCACUGUGGGAGGCAAGUUCGUUGGUGUGGCCUUCAGUUGGAGUCAGACAAAAUGAAAACUGGAUGUGUAAUGUCAAUUAGGCCGCUGAUGCACUUUAUGGACAUGAGUCAACAUUUAGUUAAUAGUGAAUUAACUGAAUCUUGACUCAUGGAUCAUAGAGAGAAGCAGCAGUCUAAUUAAUAUCUCAGAAAACCCCAUAGGACAUAGGAGCAGAAUUUGGCCAUUCAGCCCAUCGAAUCAGCUUCACCAUUUCAUCAUUUAUUAGCCCUCUCAACCCCUUUCGCCUGCCUUCUCCUUGUACUCUGACUAAUCAAGAAUCUAUCAACCUCUGCUUUAAAUCUACCCAAUGACUUGACUUCUACAGCCAUCUGUGGCAAUGAAUUCUACAAAUUAACCACCCUCUGUCUAAAGAAAUUCCUCCUCAUCUCAGUUUUAAAGGGGCAUCCUAUUCUGAGAUUGUACCCUCUGUUCCUGGACUUCCUCAUUAUAGAAAACAUUCUCUCUGAGACCAUUCUAUCUCUUUUAAUAUUUGAUAGGUUUCAAAGAGAUCCCCCUCAUUCUUCUAAACUCCAGUGAGUACAGGCCCAGAGCCAUCAAGCGCUCUUUAUACAUUAACCCUUUCCUUCUCAGUAUCAGUCUGCUAAAAUUCCUCUGGACACUCUCCAAUGCUAGCACAUCAUCGUUACGUGCUGUGUUGUAUGACGUGGGCGAUCAUGGUCCCAUGACCAUGACUGUUCUUGAAAAAUUUUUCUACCAAAGUAGUUUGCUAUUGCUGCCUUCUCUUUCUUAGAUAAGGGGCCCGAAACUGCUCACGAUAUUCCAAGCCGACUGACCAAUGCCUUACGACACCUAAGCAUUACGUCCUUGUUUUUACUUUCUACUCCUCUCAAAAUGAAUGCUAACAUUGCACUUGCUUUCCUUACCACCGACUCAACCAGCAAAUUACCCUUUAGGGAAUCCUGCACAAGGACCCCAAUGGAGAAACUAAGUGAUAUAUUCAGUUGUGAAUCCAUUCCUAGCCAGGUUGUUCUUAAAGAUAUAAUGACUGAAGUUUAAAUUUCUGCUGUUUACAAAAGGCCAUUUCCUUAAAAUAUAAGAGACCCAUUGUGAAUCAAGGCCACUGGUGAUCAGAAUUACCCAGCCCAAUGAAAGAGUGUUUUUGCUUUAAAAUGAUCACCUCUCCAUUAUAGCUCUGCACAUUACCAUUGACAAAACUCAAAACCUGCCAAGGCAUCGCCUAAAUAAAUAUUACUUGAGAAAAAUGCUUGAAAGGGCCGAUUCCAUAAUUGGAGCUCCUUUAUAUUUCAACAUUCAGCUUGCAUUUGGCCAUACCAGGUAGGGCUGCACAAAAAGAUAUUUCGAUGGAGUCAAAUUACUGUCACUAAGGUCCAAAAAUAUCUUAGCCCAAAUGUUUGAAAAAGUUGAAAACCAAAUGAGCCGGGAUACCACCUAACUGAAUUUUACCCUUGGGGUUUUUCUUCAAGGAUAAAGAGAAGUUUGGAUAGGUACACGGAUAGUAGGGGUAUAGAGAGCUAUGGUCCAGAUGCAGAUUGAUGGGAGCAGGCAGUUUAAGUGUUUGACACAGACUAGCUGGGCCAAAGACCCUGCCUCUGAGCUGUAGGUUUCUAUGACUCUGUGAUAAAGGUGACCUAAGUUUACUUAACACUUCUCACCGGACAAGAUUUCUUUUCACAUUGAAAUUCUGCAAUUGGAGAUCCUUUAAAUUUCAACAUUCUGUUUGCAGUUGGAAGGCUGCACAAAAAAAUGCAUUUCAAUGGAGGCAAAUUGCCAUCACUAAGGACCAAAGAUAUCUUAGCCCAAAUGUUUAAAAAAGAUGAAACCCAAAGCAGCAGGACACCACCUAAAAGAAUUUUAACCUUGGAGAAAAACAUUUGAAAUAGUAGAUUUUCUCCAAGGAUAACGGGAACCUAAAUGUACUUAACACUUUUCACUGAACAAGAUUUCCUUGUGUUAUGUUUGAUUAACUUCAAAAGAUUAAACAAUUCAGGGGAAGACAUGAGAGUCUGAAAUGUGGGUCAUACUCUAAGCAAGGCGCACAUUACCAAGUGGUAGUGUGGUGGCAUAUGCCUUUCAUGUAUUUAUACCUACAACCUGUAAUGAAUUAUUUAAAUGAACAUGAUGUUUAAUCAACCUAUAUAUAUAUAUAUUCACAAAGAUUACUCAAACAUUAUUUAAAUAUUAAAUACACAAUACAUUGCACCAUUUAGUAUUGUAUUCUAUUAAAUUUGAAACUGAAUUAAAUUUUAU